UAGAUCAUUUUGUGGCCUGUCAAUUUGUUGAAUUAAUUUUACGCUCAAUUUUUAAAUGUUCGAGGGUUCUAAAUCGUCAGUUUAGUUUUGUUAGUGAUCGAGGGAGCAUAUUACGAGAACGUCGAUAUGUUAAAGCGGGUCGGUAAAUGUUACUUUCCUGUGUGUUUUUAACCAAUAACACUUGUUUACGUUUUUUGUUAAUCGUGCUAUGUGCCUUUCAGCUCCCGCUGUAAAUAAUAUUAAUUUUAAAUUGGCAUGAUUAAUUUAUCAUGAUGAGAGUUGACUUUAACGAUUAUUUUUGGGGUGAGAAAAACAAUGGGUUCGACGUACUGUACCAUAAUAUGAAGUUCGGCUUAGCCGCUAGCAAGGACUUUGCAGAAUUUCUCAAGGAGAGAUCAAACAUAGAAGAGAAUACGUCGAAAUCUCUUGGUAAAUUAGCUGUCAAAGCUGGUAAUUGCUGCUCGCAGGGUACAUUUUCACCGUUAUGGCAAGUGCUCAAAGCCUCUUCAGAAAAACUCUCCUCAUUACACUUCCAAAUGAUGCAAAAGCUAUCGGAAUUAGUAAAGGAAAUCAGUAAAUAUGCCGAAGAACUACACAAAAAACAUAAAUCUGUUAAGGAAGAAGAGUCCGGAACAUUGGAAAUAGUCCAAGUAAUGCAAAAUGUUACUGUAAAUGUACAAAAAUCAAAAGAUGUAUAUAAUCAACGAUUCUUAGAGUUGGAUCGCUUGCGCAAGGAAAGUACGUCCGCGAAAGACAUAGAGAAAGCAGAACAAAAACUCAAAAAGGCCCAGGAAGACUACAAAAAUUAUGUGGAAAAAUACAGUUUAGUAAAAGAGGAAUUCCAAAAAAAAAUGUCUCUCAGCGUAAAAAACUUUCAAGAACUGGAAGUUGUUCACUUGCAACAUAUGAAAGAAUUCUUAAAUUCGUUUGCCGAUGUAGUUGAGUGGACGCACGGUGAAAUGGGAAAAGUACACAAAGAGUUCAGAGAACAGUGUCUGGAAUUGACCAUUGACCAACUUCUCGAGCAAUUCGUUAGGAACAAGUCCACUGGACUUGAAAAACCAGGCGUGUUAGACGUUGAAGAGCCAGUAAUGUCUCCUAGUCAGGAAACGGAACUUUCGACGGGUGCGAAAACAAAGAGAGAAGGUAACAGUUCUAGCGAGCAGACAGUGCCAACACAUGCCAAACCUUCCCGUCGAACAACUUCCCUAUUAAAUCUCUUCAUGUCUAAUUCACAGGGUUCUCGCGAGGGCCGCGCUGGCCCGUGCAGUGCCCCAUCGAGCCCCACCAGUCCAGAAGGUGAUGAACAAUUGACAAGACAUUCACAGCGCGGAUCCAAGUGGUUUUUGCGCAGUCGAAGGGACAAAGCAAAGCAAAAGAAAUCCAAAAAGAAACAAGCUAAAGACAGUAUCGAUAACCAAAGCAACAAGGAAGAAAAAUCUGACAUGGAGGAAAAAGACGAUUCUCAAAAAAGCGAUAAACCUGUUGUAUCCUCGAAUCCUACUGGACCUGAAUUAGACGAAGACGGCUACGUUAUUAGACCUACAGUACCACAUACAUGGAACGAAAAAAGCAGUUUUUAUUCUUCUUCCGACUCUGACUCGGAUGACGAACGCGAAAGAAAAAUUCACGUGGAAAUAAAACCUCUGAACAAUGGAUCUGCGCCCAUGUCCGCUUCUGUAGAUGAACUAAGAGCAACCGUGGAAAAUAUUUAUCUGUCACCUACCGGCGGAUUUGGAAGACGAGGUUCCAAUUUGGAAGGAGAUGUAUCAAUGAAACGAUCACAGUCAGUGUCGCAACAAAUCGGAAAACCUAGUAGCGAUUUGCUAGGCCUAAAUCUAGUGCAAAGCCCUACAGCUUCCAACGCUUCCACACCUACAAGCUCCCAUCCUUACGCGCCCUUACAGAGCCCGUCGCAAUUGGCUUUGAAUUCACCCACAUUAUCUGCUGGAUCAAAAUAUGCAGAAUUGGGAGACUUUUUUUCUGAAGAUGGAGAACUGCCUCAACCACCUUCCAAACAAGUGAGACAGACCCCGACACCCACGUCUGGGUACAUGUCAAUUCCAAGACCACCUUCCAGAAGAUCGGAUCCGAAUAGAAUCCUUAUGCAACAGGCUACCAAUAUUUCCAGAGCAGACAGUAUUAACAGUUUAGAAUUCAGAACGGCCAGUGUCCCGAUAGGAGUAUCUCGAGGACCGUCCCCGCUGACCAUAGGAAUGGCUGAUACUAUACCCCUGGCGGUUGCCUUCCACGAAAUUGUACACUCCUACUUUAGAGGUUCCGACGAAUCCAGAUGUCAAGUGAAAAUGUCUGGAGAAAUGAUGCUCUCAUUUCCCGCGGGCAUAGUUACAAUCCUAGCUAACAAUCCCAACCCUGCAAAGUUGAUAUUUAAAGUAAAGAAUACUCAAAGAUUAAUAAGUGUUAUGCCAAAUAAGCAACUAGUUUUACUGGAUUCGAAACAAUCAUCUCCAGAUUUCAUCGGCGUCGAAUUUAAUAUGAACGCCUUGAGUUCCUUGCUAAAGAAACAGUCUGAACAAAAUCCCAGUGCUUCAUAUUUCAAUGUAGAAAUUUUAAAGUAUCAGAUCAAGCCAAAUCACGGUGCCACUUCGUGUCCCUUGCAAUUAGUAGCCUAUUGGAAAUGCACCCAUACCCAUACAGAUUUAAAAAUCGACUACAAAUACAAUAUGCAUGCUAUGAGCUCCUCGAGUCCUUUGCUAAAUGUCGCAGUAGCAGUUCCCAUCGAAAGUACCGUCAAGAACAUGCAAACAAAACCGCAAGCUCAAUGGCCUAGCGAAAACAAGCGUCUUAUCUGGAAGUUCACAGAACUCUCUCAGCAUACGGAAAACAACGGCGUUGGUUCGAUGCUGGCUAGAUAUGAUUUAGAAUCUGGACCGUGCGUUCCAUCUACAAUAUCGGCCCAAUUCAAUUGUGAGGGAACCACCCUUUCGGGAAUAGAUUUUCAGUUAGUGGGGCCUGGGUACAGAUUGUCUCUUAUCAAACGGCGAUUUAUUUCGGGUAAAUACAUCUGCGACGGUGAGCAGAAAUAUGGGUCUAGUAUUGGCAGCCAUCCAUCGUCUGCUGCCACCAGUACGGUUUCUUCGACUGGGGAACCUAAUUGCUAGCAUUCCUCACAUAUCAUAUGUGCAAUAUUCAUAUUAAUUGUCUCUUAUAUGUUUGUAUGUCAACACUUUUAUUUAUGACAAUUCCAUGUUACAUAGCCUAUGAUAUGAUAUAUAGUUUAUGAUUGCUAUUUUAUAAAUAACAAUAAAAAAAGUACUCCAAAAUUCCUCAUUUUAUUU